AGGUGUAUCACAUCGAAUAUCGAUACAGUACUGUGACAUACGUAUCGGUAUCUACUAUUGCGAAGUUGCAUUGUUGUUCGAUUUUUGGUAAAGAAUACGCAGUAGAAAUAGCAUCAGACCCUCAAACAUGGAUACAAUAAAUAAAGAAACGAAUAAAAACGGGACCAAUGAAGGAUUGAAUAAGACGAAUUCGCUCGAGGAAUUCUACGCUGGUAGUGGGAUCCUUGUGACUGGAGGAACCGGAUUCAUAGGAGUCGCUCUACUGGAAAAACUGAUACGCGUGUGUCCACGCGUCGCUGCUAUUUUUGUACUAAUUCGUCCAAAAUCUAACGAAACGAUAGAACAACGAUUUAAGAAGAUCAUAGAUGAUCCCAUUUACGAUGGCGUCAAAGCAAAACACCCCUCAGCUUUGAGCAGAGUUUAUCCCAUGAAAGGUGACGUGAGUCUGCCGGAUUUAGGUCUUUCGCGAGAAGAUAGAAAUCUGCUGUUAGAAAAAGUAAACAUAGUGUUUCACGUCGCGGCCACUGUGAAAUUCAACGAGCCGUUGCACGUGGCUGUUAAUGUGAAUACGAAGGGUACUCUUCGUGUCAUCGAUCUUUGGAACGAACUAAAGCAUCCGAUUAGCUUCGUUCACGUCAGCACAGCUUUUAGUAAUGCGAAUCUAUAUGAGAUUGGGGAAAAAGUUUAUACCACGAGCUUGAAACCUUCGGAAGUAAUAGAUAUGUGUGACAAAUUCGACAAAACGUCGAUCAACGAAAUAGAAAAAAAGAUUUUAAAAACUUAUCCAAACACAUACACAUUCAGUAAGAAUUUAGCAGAGCAGAUUGUAGCAAGUAAGUGCAAAGAUCUGCCAGUCGCGAUAGUCCGGCCAAGCGUAGUUGGUGUCUCUUUAAAGGAACCAUGUCCUGGUUGGAUACAGGGUACUUCUGCAUUUACAGGUGUCUUCCUGCUUGUGAGCAGAGGAUGUGCAACAGUAGUACGGGGCAGGAGAGAUACAAGAUUAGAUUUAGUGCCUCUUGAUUUCGUAGUUGACACGAUAAUUUGUGUUGCAUGGCAUGUCACGCUACAUCGUGAUCGUGAAGUUAAAGUUUACAACUGCACGAGUAACGCAUGUCCUUUUAAGUGGGGUCCGGUGACAGAUGCUAUGGUAAAAUGUAGCAUAGAAAUGCCACUGAACGAUACGCUAUGGUAUCCAAGUUGUUCAGUCAUAGCUAAUGAAUACAUUUACAACGUUCGGAGUGUAAUUCCGCAUAUUUUGCGUGCGUUCGUCAUAGAUGUCUUUUUAAGACUCCGGGGUAGUAAACCAAUAAUGAUGAAGCUUCUCAGAAAUGGCAAUAAGCUGUUCACAUUCAUAGGAUAUUUCAUCUUGCACGAAUGGACUUUCGAAAGAGAUAACUGUACCGACUUGGCGAGAAAAGUAAAAAUGUUGAAGGAUAGCGAUAUGGUAAAAUUAGAUUUACGGGAUAUGAAUUGGGAGAAGUACGUCGCUACUUACCUGAUGGGGAUUAGGAAAUUUAUUCUGAAACAAGACUUUAAGCCAACAGCCCGACAACGGUUAACAAGGUUGUACUGGAUACAUCAGAUCACCAAAAUAUUCGGUAUAAUAAUUUUGCUAUGGAUAAUAUUAUAUUUAGUGUACUGACUAUUUGAACGUUACUUUUUUCGCUUCGAACCAAGAACAAUAUAAAUAGAAUUUUAUAAAGAAGAGAUUCAUCAUUUCUUUCAUUUUGUCUUUCUACUCGUUUCAUUUUUAAAUAAAUUCAUUUACGACAUUGUUUGAUAAGGAUGUAUGUAUUUACAUGCACACGGUUUCUGAUUUGUCAUAUCUUUACUCCUUGAUGUUUCUAGUACAAUGCAUCUGCGAACGUUCAUACAUCACCUUUUAGUGUAUGUUUAAAGAUGAUUUCUACAUAAAAAUCCUGCGGCAGGUCUUUACGUAAUGCUAAACAACAAAAUAAUUAUAUACAGAAAAAUAGUAAUAUUUGCUACUAAUAAUUUGUAUAUUAAAUUUGUUCACUGAA